CCCCGGAACGGGGCGCGGCAGCCUCGGGCGGGCAGAGCCCGGAGGCUGCGGGCUCCGCCGGAGGCUCCGCGGCCGCGGACAAACUGUUCAUGAUGUCAAUCAAAAAGGAAGGUGCCCACAAGAAAUGGGCUGCCCUGAAGGAGAAACUCGGGCCCCAGGAGACCGACCAGUCGGAGGCCAACCUGGAAAAUGCAGAGCCGGAGCUGUGCAUCCGUCUCCUGCAAAUGCCGUCAGUGGUGAACUACUCUGGGCUGAAGAAGCGGCUGGAGAACAGCGACGACGCUUGGAUGGUCCAGUUCCUUGAGCUGUGUGGGCUGGACCUCCUCCUGGAGGCCCUGGACAGGCUGUCUGGGAGAGGGGUGGCCAGGAUUUCCGACGCCUUGCUUCAGCUCACCUGCAUUAACUGUGUGCGAGCGGUCAUGAACUCCCACAAAGGCAUUGAGUACAUCGUGAGCAAUGAGGGCUAUGUCAGAAAACUCUUCCAAGCACUUGACACAACUAAUGUCAUGGUGAAAAAGCAAGUAUUUGAGCUCCUGGCUGCACUGUGCAUUUACUCAUCAGAUGGCCACACUUUGGCUUUGGAUGCCCUGGACCAUUACAAGAGUGUGAAGAACCAGCAGUAUCGAUUCAGUGUCAUAAUGAAUGAGCUCUCCAACACGGAUAAUGUGCCGUACAUGGUGACACUGCUCAGUGCUAUCAAUGCCAUCAUACUGGGGAAAGAAGACCUAAGAACAAGAACACAAAUACGAAAUGAGUUCAUAGGGCUUCAGCUGUUGGAUAUUUUAGACAAGCUAAGAGACAUAGAGGAGGAGGAUCUGCUUAUCCAGUGUGAUACAUUUGAGGAGUUCAAGAUAGAAGAUGAUGAGGAAUUAUUAAAGAUAUGUGAUGGGAUAAACAUGAACGAUCACCAUGAGGUCUUUUCAUCUCUCUUCAAUAAAGUGAGCCGCUCUCCAGUCUCCAUCCAGCUGCUGUCCAUUCUCCAGAGCUUGCUCCACUUGGAGCCGUCUCAUCACUCCAGCCUCCUGCUGUGGGAGUCCUUGGAUGCAGUAGUGAACAGAGCACUUUUGCUUGCAAAUGACAUCCAAGGAAACACAGUGGAAGAAGUCAUUGAGAGGUUGUUAUCUAUCAAGAAACAUCCAAACAAGCAAAAGAGAGCUGAAAACCGUCUUUCUGGGAAUGCGAACAGAGGCAUCCGUACCGAAGUAGAACUAGAACCAUGUGCAAGUGCAGUUCAGAGCCUGGUGGGAUCAGCAAACCCCUCCAAGGCACCAGCACCUCCCUCAGGACCACCUGCCAAUGAAGAAAAGAUCUCGUCCUGCCAGCUCUCAGCUUGCUCCGCUUUACCACAGACAUCUAACCUACCACCCAACGUUGCUCCUGCCCCUCCACCUCCACCCCCACCACCUCCACCCCUGCCCUCUGGCAUGGCAGCUGUGCCCCCCACAUUCCCCAUGAUGAAUACGCCUCCAGCCCCUCCACUCCCUGGCAUCCCUCCUCCUCCAAUGUCCAGCAUGGGGGGCAUCCCUCCUCCUCCACCUCCAUUGCCUGUCAUAGGGGGCAUCCCUCCCGCUCCACCCCCAUUGCCUGUUUGUGGGGGUAUCCCUCCACCACCACCACCACCACCAUUGCCCGGCAUGGAGGGCAUCCCUCCACCACCCCCAUUGCCUGCUAUGGGGGGCAUCCCUCCUCCUCCACCACCCCUGCCCGGCAUGGGGGGCAUACCUCCUCCUCCACCAUUGCCUGGUAUGGGGGGCAUCCCUCCUCCGCCCCCAUUGCCCAGCAUGGGGGGCAUCCCUCCUCCGCCCCCAUUGCCUGGCAUGGGGGGCAUCCCUCCUCCACCCCCAUUGCCCGGCAUGGGGGGCAUCCCUCCUCCUCCACCACCACUGCCCAGCAUGGGGGGCAUCCCUCCGCCACCACCCCUCCUGCCCAGCAUGGCAGGAGAUCACAUAGAAGCUGUCGUGGCCUCCCAAUUCGGCUGCCCUCUCGGCUCAGCCAGGCCUCCCCGCAAGACGGUGAAGACGCCAACGUUGAGGAUGAAGAAGCUGAACUGGCAGAAGCUGCCCUCCAACGUGGUGAGAGAAAGUCACUCAAUGUGGGCUUCAGUCAGCAGCAGCAGCGAGGAAACUAUAGAGCCCAAUUAUACAAGCAUAGAGCAGCUGUUUUGCUUUCCGCAGCCAACCCCCAAGGAGAAAACGGCCGCACCGGUGAAGGCAGAACCGAAGGAGAUCACAUUUUUGGACUCCAAGAAAAGUCUCAAUUUGAACAUAUUUUUGAAGCAAUUUAAAUGCUCCAACGGAGAGGUGGCUGCCAUGGUCCAGAACGGGGACCGGACAAAGUUUGAUGUUGAGGUCCUGAAGCAGUUGCUGAAGCUGCUGCCUGAAAAGCAUGAGAUAGAAAACCUGAAGGCCUUCAAAGAAGAGAAAUCAAAGCUAGCAAACGCAGAUCAGUUUUAUCUUCUCCUCCUCCAGAUUCCCAGUUACCAGCUGCGGAUUGAAUGUAUGCUGAUCUGUGAGGAGACCACCGUUGUGCUGGACAUGAUUCAGCCAAAAGCUGGAGCCAUCCGGAGAGCCUGCGAAGAUCUUCUGAACAGUCAUCGCCUGCCGCUCUUCUGUCAACUGAUUCUCAAAGUUGGAAACUUUCUGAACUAUGGAAGCCACACGGGGGACGCUGAUGGGUUUAAAAUCAGCACUUUACUCAAACUAACAGAAACCAAAGCCAACCAAACACGCAUUACGCUGCUCCACCAUAUUCUGGAGGAAGUAGAAAACAGCCACACGGACCUACUGGAACUGCCAGAAGAUCUUGAAUACGUUUCAAAAGCAGCAGGAAUUAAUCUUGAUAUUAUACGCUCUGAGUCCAGUACCAAUCUAAAGAAAUUGCUGGAGCUUCAACGAAAGGUCUCAUCAUCAAAUGACGAUGUGAAACAACAGUAUGAGAAGCCUAUCCAGGAUAGCAUUGAUGCCGCCAGAAAGCUGGAAGAAGAAUUUGAAACCAUCGACAGGAAAAGAGAAGAGCUUGCAAAUUAUCUCUGUGAAGACCCAAGCAAGUUGUCCUUAGAGGACAUAUUUAGCACCAUGAAGACCUUCAGAGAUCUCUUCAUUCGAGCCCUGAAGGAAAACAAGGACAGAAAGGAGCAAGCUGCAAAAGCAGAGAAGAGGAAGAAACAGCUGGAAGAAGAAGAGGGGAAGAGACAGAAGGGAGAAAAUGGAAAAGUCAUUAAGAAGGGGGUGGUGAAGCAGGAGGAGGUGUGCGUCAUUGAUGCGUUGCUGGCCGACAUAAGGAAAGGGUUCACACUGAGAAAGACAAAGAACAGACACGAGUCGGAUGCACUUCCUAAAACCUUGCCUGUGGAGAGCCCAGAGGAGAACCAGGCUGGGAAGAGCAUUAAGGAUCCACAAGCAGGAGGAAUGCAGAUCGAUGAUAAGGCCAAGCAAAACAGUGAUGGUCAUCCCUCAGAAAGCACCACCACCUCGACCACAACUAUCCCAGAGAUGGGUAAAGAUGUUACAGAUGCCUCAGCUCCAAACCAGGCAUUACCUGAAAACAACACUGGAGGAAAUUUGCCACCCGGGUCCCGGACAGAAGGCCACCUGGUGGAAGCUGAUGGAACCAGUCAGCCUGAGCAAGGUGCUGGGAUGGCAAACCUCCAGCCAAGCACAAAGAGCAGCUCCAUUGCCUUGUCUCCCACUAACAUAGGUGCUGGGAUAAAGUUUGCGAGCAGCAGUUCAGGCGCUGCUCUGAGAGAGCAGCUCAAUGGGUCUAUCUCAGAGGAGCAGGACAACGAACACCCAGGGAAUGGCUUGGAGAGCUGCAGGCUGGCGCAGGAGCAGGACACCCGGCUGAGCCAGGACGGGGUCGAGCCUGGCAGUGCUCCAUCUGCUCCCUGUGACAAGGCUCACCAGGCAGGGUCAAAAGAGAUGGCAAAGGAGAACGAAGAACCUGGUACAGACUCACUGUUGGACACCUCUCAAGAGAAGUCCUUCUCGGAGGAGCCAGCCACCGACUCCUCUUGUUCAGCAACACUGCCCCCAGGGCAAAGUCAUACAGACAGAGAAAAACAGAGGACGUCUGGAAAACGUAGGAAGAAGAGACACAGCAAAAGCUACUCAGAGGUUGAGACUGAUACUGGAGAUAAUAAAACAAAACUAGGUUGUGUGGUACAAUGAGGAAUGUGUUUAUUCUUCAGCAUCCCUGUGCCUGGGGGGCUGGGAGCCCUGCUCCUGCCCAGCCCAAGGCCCCAGGGGCAUGGAACAGAGGAAGCUCUGCAGGAUUUCCACAUAUGGUUACUUUUGUUUCUGCACCUGAAGCAUCACUGCAAGCAAGAGAAAAUGAGACAUAUAUUGGGGUAGUUACACUCCUGACUAUUCCUGCCCACUCCUCUUGGCCCCUUCUGUACUGCACCACUGGAUUAUAUCACGGGUAAAAGGGAAGUAGCACUGUCAGUUUAAAAGUCCUAAUGAAGAUUUCCAGCAAGAGGAAGAAAUAGUAGCAGUGAGGCUUGGGUAAGAAACAGAGGAGGACCACUGGUUUUGCUGCACCGGGAGGGCAGCUGAAACCAGGAGCCAUGUAACUCAGAUUAUGUAUGUUUUAAACACAGGGAUUCCAGCACACAGGCUUUAAAAAAAUAAUAUUUGAAAAAAAAAAGGAUAUGCAGACAGCUUUGUAGUCUCCUUUGAAGACGUAGGAAAGCAAGAUAGAGGAGGGCAUGGAAAACCAGAACUUUUAGGAAGUGACUGAGUCAGGCAACUGUUCAAGUACUUCCUCAAAAGGCCAGCAGCUCCCGCAAGUGUUUGCUGCUGCAAAGGCAGUAGCGAGCAGCACCUUAAAACCUGUAAUUUCCCUUUUCCCCUCCUCCCAUUGUUACGUCAUUUGGAAAGGUUAUCAGAAACAAAAUCCAUUUGCUUCUCUUAGUCUCCAGCUGCAGUGUGUCCUCACCCAAAUGCAACUCAAGUCUGUGCCUCUUGAUAUGACAGCCUCAGCAAACCUGAAGUGCUCCCCAUCAAAUGAUGGGGAAACCCAGGAAAAGAAAUUAAAUAUUUUUUCCUCGGGUGAUCCACCUGAUUUAUAACCCUGCCUAUCUUUGUUCAGAUCACCUUUGAUCUCUUGGCCCAAAUACACAGUCUGUUCAGGUCACAGCACCAGUUCUCUUGGUACAGGAUAUUUCUCUGCCUGAUUUGCUGGAGCUCGAAUUUGCUGGGCUGAAGUGAAGCUGCAGGAAUCUUCCUUCAUGUGCAGAUCCAGUUGUGAUCAAGACUUAGUCUCCUUUUUCCCUAAAUCUUCACAGCUUCUGUAACAUCGGAGUAAGGGCCUACCAGGAACAGCCUGUGGCUCUAUGAAGUAAUACUUCAGAGCUGUAAAAGGAUGGCUGUAAGCAGCUAUUCAGCUCUUCCUUUUCAACUAUAAGUUGUUAUACAGCAGUUUCUGUAUUACCAUCGUUAUUCUUUAAAUGUCAGCUUUCAUACCCAAAGAGUGGUGUCUCAUGUUAUCUCCGUAUUCCUGAAAGAAAUGGUUUAGCCCAUUUCCCAUGGAAUCAAGGUACUGGUGGUCACCCUGUGUGUGUGUGUGUCCUGGUAACAUCCUAAACUCAUUUCCAACCACAUUUGAAAAAGAAUUUGAAGAAAGAACAUUUUACAAAAGCUGAUAGUCAGGGGACACUGUACAAAGGCCUGGACUCGGAGCUGUUUCAGUUUCCUUGUAUGGAACCAAAAUAGCGUAAUUAAGCUAAUGGUUGUUUUCCUGUACGACAUUUGCCUUCAUGUUUCUCAUUAGAAAUUCUUCAGUCCUUGAGUGGGACAAGUGCUUAAAAAUGACAGUACACAGCUCUGUCCUUCUGACAGUCCAGACUCCCUCAAGAAACACCUCUGAUCAGAUGGGAGCCUGCCCACAGGUCAGGGAGCAAAGGCACAGGAUACACACGUUGCUGCAUCAUACUCUGACAAAAAUUAUGUUCGUGCCCUCUGAGUCCCCCUCCUCAUGGCCAGGACCCAGCUCUGCUCCCCAUUAGCGCCCCUCACACAAGGUGGGAGAUCCUUCAUCUGCAUGAAAUGCCACACACAGACUUCGUUUCACAACAGUUUGACAGUGGGGCCCAGGACUAAAGUACUGGACGAAAUGUCCUUUGGACAAAACAAGGUGAGUCUCCAGAUUUAUUAGUUCAACAAUAUAAUGCCUAGAAGUAUAUCCCAUUAUUCUGCUUGGAAAACACAAAACUCACGUUGUUGGACCAAACCAGUACCUAGCUUAAAAGCAGAGUUGCCCAGACCCUUGAACAUCAGUGCCAGUUCUGGAAAUAUAGCAGAUGUUUUUAUCACAUACAUAAAGUUUUAGCACUACCAGUUUAAGUUAUCUGAGGGACAUGAAACCAGUUCCCCUAGACCACUCUCAUUUUCGAGUUGCAAACAGUUUUUAUCUUCCCCUCCUCCUGCAGGCGUCACAGCAAGGCAGAAGAAAUAACGGAGGCCUGGACACGCGCUAACUCGUCCCCAGAGCACUGCCAGCUGCUCGGAAGCCAGGCUCUGCGUCGCUGAAACACCUCCCGCAGCCACCUCUGCCCUGACCAGACGCCAUGCUCCCCCUCAAGCAGCCUUCCACCCCUUGCCCAAAGGCCCGAUGAGCUGCCCCGGAGACAUCAGCACCCUCAGCCCGUGCCUUACGCGACCUGCGCUGCGCCCUGGCACCCAUGGGGACAUGGGCCUGGUCGAUGCGCAGUGGCGGGGAAGGCAUGGGUCUCUCGGCUUCCGUCCCCAAAGCCAAAUUCCUCUGCUGGCUCUUAGGCCAAACUCCUCUUGAUGUGCCAGCUGAGUGUGGCCCAAGAAAGGACUGCAGUGUUCAGCCCUCGGAGGAAUUUUAAAAAUAGCAGUGCCUCGACUAAAUGAAGAGUAUAAAUUCAGCAGUGGCUGUACCCUCACAGGGAGAAGCGUGUUACUCCCCCUUCCCAUUGCCUACUGUCAAUUUAUAUUCGACUAGAUCCAAAACCCAGAUCAGACAUAUGUAUUUGCACUCUCAAUCAUUUAAAGCAAGGAAAAUCAGUUAUAGGAACAAAACAAAAAAUGCAUUUUUGUAAAUGUCCAUAUAAACAGUGUCUGGCUCCCAGAUAGUGCUUAUGUGCAAUUAAGUUGAAGCACAUCUGUAGCCUUGCAGUAGUCUUCUCACACAGACAGGUACGUGCGUAAAUUUUCGGAGAAUCAGGGCCCAAGCUCCUGUUAUUAAAGCAACAGAAAGAGUUUUUUCAGGGUGCUUGGUUAGAUGUAUUUUAAGCUUAUUUAGUAAAUCUCCAGGUUUUAAUACCAUUGUCAGCUGCUUGCACUCAGAAGCCUUUGCAUUCGAGCUGCAGAACGUGUACGUUCAUGUUACUUUUGCUUUGAAACUGGGAAUGUGCAGUAUUGUGUUUUAAAGACUCAGAGCUUUAUUUCUUAAGUUUUGUAAUAACAUUGUAUCAUAGUUUUGUACAUAGCUGUCGAUUUAAAAUUAUCGAUGUUUAUUGAAUUUAUGAUGUGAUAGUGUGCUGAAACAUGAAUCAAGUGGAAGAGAUUGCUACAUUUAAGAACUCUGCCUUUGUAUGGUAACCACUGUGUUUAGACUAAUGUUCAGGCUAAAGCUUAUUUUGCUUUGCUGAAUAGGACUUGUAACGUCCUUGUAAUACUGAACACUUUGCUGGACUAAUUUAGAAGUUACACCAAGAAUUAAAUCACUGGGUUUCUUUUAAUCUAAGCAUUGUUACUGAAAAUCAGUUAACAAAAGCAAAGAUGAAUUUAAAGUAGACGCAUGGGCAGACUCAGGUCAGGAAGCCCCACAGAGCAGCACAGCCCUGUUGCAGCUCAAAUCUGGUUCGUAGCUGGCAGAAGCAGGCUGAGCUCCACCCUUUCCUGCAAAACUGGAUAACCCGCCCCAGGUUUAACUUGUGUGACUGUCACAUUUACAGUUUUCUCUUUCCUUCCUCCCCCUUCCAGUCUCAGAGCAUGUCACCCAUGUAUCAAUCUUUCUUGCUCUAAUUAAUCCAAUUUAUCUGCUCUCAGAUUAGACCCCAGCCUACAAAAAAUCUGAGUAUCAAAGAUUUUCUCAGCACCUUUGCAACCUUCAAGUUCACAGCAGGAGCCUGCAGCCCAGGUUGGCAGUGAGCAGCCAGCCUCCUCCAGCCCCCACCUUGUUGUUUUAUCAAUAGGAAAAAAAAAAAAAUCACUUUGAUAUUCAGGAUUUGGGAGCAAACAAGCUUUCUUGGUGUUACUUAGGGAACAUUACCUGCUGAUACCCCUGGCAGGCUUAUUUCUUCAGAUGCUGCAGUAUUCGUCCAUCUGGGUCUUUCAGCUACCCCCAUUUCCACCCAGAGAGAAAAACUUAUCACACAGUUUUUAUUGCUCUGAAUAGAAAGAGAGAGCAUUCAAAAGAGGACCUUCAAAGAGAGGGCAUUUGACAUUACCUUUCCACUCUCCCCAAGAUUUUACAGAGAAAUUGGUUACUUUGAGCCACUGCUUGUUCUUUGUUCUGUAGUCAUCUGUGAAAAUUAUAUUAAAUUAUCUACACAAUCAGAUCCCAACUAAAAACAGGUCAAAGUGCAGCAUUUAUAAUGUAUUACUGCAGAGCAGCUCUGCUACCAUUACAGUGAUUAUUUAACAAGAACAGGGGGAUGGAGUCAGAACAGGUCAAAGAAAGAUGUUCAACUGGCACAUGCAGUUUUGCUCCAGUUGUGACUUUUAAAUACAGUUCACGAUCCUGAAGAUUUUCUCAGUGUUUGCAAGGCCAAAUUAAAUGCUGAUAAAAGCAAUUACUUUUUCAGCCAUUUCAACAGGUCUGUGCUCAUUUAAGCCAACAGUAAGUUUGGAUCUCAAAAAAAUAAUUCUUAUGGUAUAUUGCAGCAACUGCCCAGAGUCUGUGAAUGUUUUACCAUUCUAGAAACCACAAGUUUCUAGCUGUCAAAUAACUGCAGAUUCCUGAAAUAGGCAUUGGCUACAUGAUGAAAAUGAAGCUAUGGAAGAAAUCAGCAGAAGUUUUUUCCAAGUACUUCACAUCAGAAUUUGGAUAUGUUGAAGGGGAUGGAACUUCAGGGUUUGUUUGUUUUUUAAUUUCAAUACUGCAAAUAUUUCAAAAUUUAGAAUAAAAGAAGUC